CGCGUCUGUCACAUGACGACAGAACAGCGGAAGUGGAGAGAUCGGCCGCAGAGAGAAGGGAUCAGUCGCCGCCGUCACGAUGCAGAGCACCACGAACUACCUGUGGCUCAUCUCAGACCUGCUCGGUCAGGGAGCCACCGCUAACGUUUACCGCGGACGACACAAGAAAACCGGGGACCUUUACGCCGUCAAAGUCUUCAACAACCUGAGCUUCCUGCGUCCACUCGAUGUCCAAAUGAGAGAGUUUGAGGUUCUGAAGAAGCUGAACCAUAAAAACAUUGUGAAACUCUUCGCUGUGGAGGAAGAGUCCAACACCCGUCACAAGGUCCUGGUGAUGGAGUACUGUCCCUGCGGGAGUCUCUACACCGUCUUAGAAGAGUCGACCAAUGCCUACGGACUCCCAGAGGACGAGUUCCUCAUCGUCCUGCACGACGUAGUUGCAGGUAUGAACCACCUGAGGGAGUAUGGCAUCGUCCACCGGGACAUAAAACCGGGGAACAUCAUGAGGGUCAUCGGUGAGGACGGACGCUCCGUCUACAAACUGACCGACUUCGGUGCUGCCAGAGAGCUGGAGGACGAUGAGCAGUUUGUGUCUCUGUACGGGACAGAAGAGUACCUGCACCCCGACAUGUACGAGCGCGCCGUGCUGAGGAAAGACCACCAGAAGAAGUACGGCGCCACAGUCGACCUGUGGAGCAUCGGCGUCACGUUCUACCACGCCGCCACCGGCAGCCUCCCCUUCAGACCGUUUGAGGGACCGCGCCGGAACAAGGAAGUCAUGUACAAAAUUAUCACAGAAAAACCGUCGGGGACAAUCUCCGGUCAUCAGAAAUGUGAGAACGGUAAAAUCGAGUGGAGCACGGAAAUGCCGGUGUCCUGCAGUCUGUCCAAGGGCCUCCAGAGCCUCCUGACCCCCGUCCUCGCCAACAUCCUGGAGGCGGAUCAGGAGAAGUGCUGGGGCUUCGACCAGUUCUUCGCCGAGACGAACGACAUCCUUCACCGUACGGUGGUUUACGUGUUCAGCCUGCAGCAGGCGACGCUGCACCACGUCUACAUCCACGAGUACAACACGGCGGCGCUGUUCCAGGAGCUGUUGUCCCGCAGGACGAGUAUCCCGCUACACAACCAGGAGCUGCUCUACGAGGGACGCCGCCUCGUCCUCGACCCCAACCGCCAGGCCAAGACCUUCCCCAAGACGUCCAGAGACAAUCCCAUCAUGCUCAUCAGCCGCGAGUCCGUCGCCACGGUCGGACUCAUCUUUGAAGAUCCGAGUCCACCUAAAGUCCAGCCUCGCUACGACCUGGACUUAGACGCCAGCUACGCAAAGACUUUCGCCGGCGACGUCGGACACCUGUGGAAAACGUCGGAGUCUCUGCUGGUUUACCAGGAGCUCGUGAGGAAAGGAGUCCGAGGUUUAAUUGAGCUGAUGAAGGAGGACUACAGCGAGAUCCAGCACAAGAAGACCGAGGUUUUCCAUCUGUGUAACUACUGUACUCAGAUCCUGGAGAAGACCGAGCCGCUGUUCGAGGUGCUGAUGCAGGCUAACAUGCUGACCAGUGAGUACGAUGAGAUCUCAGACACGCACAAGAAAGUGGUCAGAAUCUCCAGUUCUCUGGAUCCCGUCGAACAAACGACACAAGACAUAAAAAGCAAGUUUCUGCCCGGAGGUCUGCUGACGGACGUCUGGACGCAGCAAGUGGGGACGCACCCUAAAGACAGGAAUGUGGAGAAAAUCAAAGUGCUGCUGGACGCCAUCACGGCCAUUUAUCAGCAGUUCAAGAAGGACAAGGCAGAGAGACGUUUGCCGUACAACGAGGAGCAGAUCCAUAAGUUUGAUAAACAGAAGUUGGUCCUUCACGCAAGCAAAGCUCGCUCUCUGUUCACGGAAGAAUGCGCCAUGAAGUAUCGUCUGUUUAUUUCCAAGAGUGAAGAGUGGAUGAGGAAAGUUCAUCACGUGAGGAAGCAGCUGGUCGGACUGACCGGUCAGCUGAUCAGCGUCGAGAAGGAGGUCACCAUGGUGAUGGAGCGAGGCAUCAAGCUCCAGGAGCAGCUGCCUCAGAAAGUGCUCCCUCUAGUGUCCAGUGGGAUGAAGCCUCAGGCGUACCUGAGUCAGAACACACUGGUGGAGAUGACGCUGGGGAUGAAGAAGCUGAAGGAGGAGAUGGAGGGCGUGGUCAAAGAGCUCGCCGAGAACAACCACUUCUUAGAGAGAUUCGGGACGCUGACGUUGGACGGAGGCCUGCGAGGCUGAAAACGUCGCGUCUUAAAAACGGGGGAAAAAAACUUGUGUAAAUAAACAUGGAGACGAUUGUUUUCGUCUCGACGUCUGCGACAAACUGUGGACGUUGCUCUCUGACGCUAACGCUCGUCCACCAGGGAAAGAGUCGCGAGCUCAUCGGAGAGACGCCGACGUCGUCCCCGAGCGUCUCCGAGGACGGACGUCCAGCAGCUUCACCAGUCACGUCUCCGUCAGUCUCACACUGUUCCCACAGUUCACUGUAAAUCAUUAUUCAAACGUAGGAAACCUGAAACCAACUCUUAUUUUCAUAAUCGCUUGUUAGAAAAAUGUCCAAAAGAUUUAGAUUUAAUGAUUUAUUUGUUAUUUGGCGCAAAGAAACCAGGAAAAGAAAAAAAUGCUUUAAUUUUAAGUCUCAAAUCGAUUCAUCUCUGUACAAUAAUUACAGUAAAUAAAUUACUGUAAUUAAAUGGUUGUUUAUUUCACAGGAAACUGUUUAAUUCAAUAAGAUAUAAUGUUCUAAACUGAGCAGUGAUUUUGUAAAAUACGACGAUCUUUAAACGACAGAGUUGUUAAACAGAAGAAAUUUGAAUGUUUCAAUUCGGUUUUAGUUUCUUUUAUUUAUUCUUCUUCCAAACGUCUGAUCCAUCAUCAUCAUCAUAAUAAUUAUUGUCACAUGUCGUUUCUUUGAAACACGUUUUACUCGACAAACAUGUAAAUAAACAAACACCUGAA